UGUUGCUCGUCGAUGUAGUUUGGUAGGUUUCGCGGAAAGAAAAUGCCAUGGCCAUCGUUCUGGAACCGAAGUCUUCUUACAACCUUAUAUCCCGAGCAGUAUCAAGCAGUAAUAAACUUCUAAUGCACGUGAAAUUGACGGACUCUUGUCUACGAGCGUUAGAAGACUAUCAAUUGGCCGAGGUAUCCUCAGGAAGAAAGCCAAGUAUUAAAUUUUCAGGAUAUCAAGGGUCAAUAUCAAUUCCACUUGGUAAGGCUGAUUCAGGAGAUGAAAACACAGCAGAGUUUCAGCUGGAUUGUUCAGCAAUCUUGUCCGCUGGACAACAGGGUGAAAUGGAUUGUAUUCAGCAAUCUGCAGGAAGUAGUGACAUUGGAACUCUGGGAGCAGUUACUUAUAAAAUUACUGUCAGAGCUACUGAUGACAGUUACCAGAUGACACAGCAAAGAAUGAAGGAGGCCGAGGAAGAAAGGAAAGGAAUAAGCACAAAAGUAAUCAAUACACCAAAGAAAGGAAGUAAAAAGGUUUUCAAGAAUUAUAAGGUAAUGGCUGCCAUGAAAAGACAAAUUAGAUCUGGUCCAGGAGCAAAGGUUUCAAGUGGACCCAGUAAAACCCUCAGGGAGAGAGUGAUUCAUUUAUUAGCAAUUAGACCUUACAAGAAACCAGAAUUAAUAUCUAGACUCACUAAAGAAGGAGGGAAUUUAAAAGACAGAAAUUCAUUAACAGGAAUAUUACAACAGGUUGCUGUUAUGACUGACAAUCAAUACAAACUAUUAAAGCAUUUGUACUCUGAAGUUCAGGUCGAAACGUGGCCUAGUUAUAGUGAAACUGAAAAGCAGGUUUUACGCAGAAAAAUAAAAACUGAACUGAAUGAUAGCUCUACAGUAACCUCUUUUUCUCCAUCAAAGACAAAGAACUUGGAGACAAACAAACCACAGUGUAAGAGGCUACGCCAGAAUGAAGCGGAACAUUCAGUCAAGAGACCACGCAUUGCUCAUAUUAAAAACAACAAUAAUAUCAUCAAAGGCUCUCUAGACAAAGACUCAUUUCAGGAAGAAAAAUCAAAAUUUACAGUGGAAAAGGAAAGAGAGAGUGUAGAGGAAUCUGUGCUAGACAAAAAAGACGACGAAGACGACGAAGAAGAAGAAGCAAUUUCUGCAGAAAACUCACUCAAUGGUUUGAAUGGAUUGGAUUCUCCUGAUUUCAUGAGAAAAUACAAACCAAUCACCACAUAUGAACAGCGCUGUUUGUACAAGAAAGACUUCAAUGCAGAGUUGCCCGAGUACGAGUCGUUGAAAGCAAAGGUAGACUCGAUGAAAAAGAAAAUCCAUGAUCUUCAAAGCAAAAGACUCCAGUUUCCCGAGGGUACAGCAGAAAGAGAGGCCUUAGACAAAAAGAUUCGUGAACAUUACCAUGAGAUGAAAAAGGAUCCCAGAUGGCUUCCAGCUACUAAAAGGUGUCAAGAGCUGCAUCAAAAACUAUCUUAUAUCAAGAGACUCAUUGCCGAUUACGAUAAGAGUGCGGCAAACACGUGACGAUCACCCGACUGUCACGUAAAUAUUUGGAACCACUCUCCAUCUCGUUUGACUGUUUCGUCCCUAAAGCAUCUCUCUUAUUCGAUGGCAUUAGCAGCAAGUGAAUGUACAGGGUUGGUGUAACGUGUGUUCAGGACAAAGAAUGCAGAACUGGACAAGGGCUCGCUGAGGAUCAUCUUGGCUUGUACUUAUCCGGUCAUGCGCUUUGAACUGUUUAUUUCUUAGAUGCUUAAGUUGCUAAGCUGUCUUGUUCAAUCGUCGUGCACUCAUUUGGAUUAUUAUUAUUAUUAUUAUUAUUAUUAUUAUUAUUAUUAUUAUUAUUAUUAUUAUUAUUAUUAUUAUUAUUAUUAUUAUUAUCAUAGUAGACCAACAGGAUGAUCUUUUUCCGGGUUGUUUCCUAAGGGAGCGAGUCAUAGUCCAUGACCAGGGGUCCCUUAGGAUUUUCUCUUUACUCUAGGUAUCUAACACCUUUCUCAAAAUCCCCGCUGUUCCCAGUAACGUAGUCUUCUGAAGUAACGGAAUACUAAUUUUGACGUUCAACUUUCCCAACCACUUGUCCAAGUUUUUUGUUACACUUCCCAAUGAUCCUACAAUUAUUAUUAUUAUUAUUAUUAUUGAAAAGAGGCAGGUCAAACGAUAGCGCUCCGUGCUUAAACUAAUUCUCCGCCCCCUCGCCUCCCUCUGUACACCGCCCCUUCCCACCAUCCCCUCCCUCUGUACACCGCCCCUUCCCACCAUCCCCUCCCUCUGCACACCUGCUACGCAGGGUGAUCUAGGCACCGGUGUUCUUGCAAUCAAAGAAGAGGACAGCUGAGCAUCGAUUGCACAAAGAAUCAGAAACAUUUCACAGUUUGUUCUAAUCGUAACAAGCAAAAGUAAAAAAUUAUUUAAACUUUGCACUGUAAAUUUCUACAUCGCAGAGAGAUAGCAAAUAUGAUGAAAUCUUUUCCUCAAUUUCUUAAGUCUAACUUAAAAGUAGAAAGUGCUAUAUCUACCGAUAGACCACUUUCAUAAAUGGCUGCCGGAUUAAUAUUCUUUUACGUAUGAUGCACGAUCCUCGCGGUAGAGAGCG